AUGUCUAACAAUCAAACAAAUUUGGAAGACACACAUAGGGAGGUUGAUCCAAAGUUUAUGAUGGAGGCGUUGAUGAGUGAGAUGAAGAGAUUCGUGAGGGAAGAGAUGGAGCAGAUUCAUGAGCGGAUGGAUCAAAUGGAGAAUUCACGGCACGAGUUUCCCCAAACCAUUCCUAACAUGCAAAGGAGAGGACAAGCUCCACCUAGAGAGGCUAGGGCACAAGAGGAUGAGUAUUACAGUGAUGACUUCGAUGACCAACAUUCCGUUGCUGUAAAUCGAAGGUUUGGAGCGAGGGUUCGUGAUGCUCGAAACCGCGAGGAUAACAAUUUGGGAAACAUAAAGGUGAAUAUACCAUCGUUUCUCGGCAGAAACGAUCCUGAAGCUUACAUUGAGUGGGAGCGAAAGAUGGAGCUGUUGUUUGAUUGUCACAAUUACUCGGAACACAAGAAGGUGAAGUUGGCAGCGAUUGAAUUCUCCGAUUAUGCCAUCAUUUGGUGGGAUCAAUUGGUGCUGAAUAAGAGGAGAAAUAGGGAGAAUCCAGUGGCAAUCUGGGACGAGAUGAAAUCCCUAAUGAGAAAGCGGUUCGUGCCAAGCUACUACUUCCGGGAUUUGUAUCAAAAGCUACAGAAUUUGAAGCAAGGAAAUCGGAGUGUUGAAGAGUACUUUAAGGAGAUGGAAAUUUCAAUGAUCCGAGUAAAUAUUGAGGAGGAUCGGGAGGCUACUAUGGCAAGGUUCUUGGCAGGGCUGAAUAGAGAGAUUGCUAACGUAGUGGAGUUGCAACAUUAUGUUGAGAUGGAGGACAUGGUACACAUGGCCAUCAAGAUUGAGAAUCAGCUCAAGCGGCGGGGUAACAAUCCACGACCAGCCCCUAGUUCGAGUUCAUCUUGGAGGCAUAAUGGUGUUAGCAAAGAUGAGAAGCCAGCUAUGAUUAAACCCAAUUUCGAGCCAAAGCAAAACACUACCAGCCAUGCAGCCCAAGGUAAAAUCGAUUCUAAUACAACUCGGAAUCGUGAUAUAGAGUGUUUUAAAUGCCAUGGCAGGGGUCACAAAGCAAACCAAUGUCCAAACAAGAGAGUUAUGCUGCUGCGUGAUGAUGGUGGGUUUGAGACCGAAGAAGAGGAGGAUUCCACACCACCACAAGAGGAUGAUGGAGAAGAAGAAUAUGCAGCACAUGGUGAACUUUUGGUUGCAAGGAGAGCUCUAAACGUGCAAGCAAAGGGAGAUGAAGAAGCACAGCGAGAAAACAUCUUCUACACUAGAUGUCAUGUUCGAGACAAGGUGUGUAGUAUGAUCAUUGAUGGAGGGAGUUGCACCAAUGUUGCUAGCACUACGAUUGUGGAGAAGUUAGGGCUGCCUACAACCAAACAUCCACAACCAUAUAAGCUGCAAUGGCUUAAUGAUAGUGGAGAAUUGAGGGUGAACAAGCAAGUGUUAGUAUCAUUUCGCAUUGGGAGGUACGAAGAUGAGGUACUGUGUGAUGUUGUUCCGAUGCAAGCUGGACACUUGUUACUUGGUCGACCGUGGCAAUCUGAUCGACGGGCCAAGCAUGAUGGUUUCACCAACAAGUACUCAUUUGCGUUCAACCAAAGAACAAUCACUCUAGUUCCUUUAACGCCACAGCAGGUCCAUGAGGAUCAAGAAUUUGAUGAUGUAUUCCCAGAGGAGCUACCACCGGGGUUGCCACCCAUUCGAGGCAUUGAACAUCAAAUUGACUUUGUGCCAGGAGCUUCUAUUCCAAACCGACCAGCCUACCGAAGCAAUCCCGAGGAGACUAAGGAGAUACAAAGGCAGGUCACGGAGUUGAUGGAAAGAGGGCACGUGAGGGAGAGCAUGAGUCCGUGUGCUGUUCCGGUACUUUUGGUGCCUAAAGAGGAUGGAAAGUGGAGAAUGUGUGUCGAUUGUCGAGCAAUCAACAAUAUAACGGUAAAGUAUCGUCAUCCUAUUCCACGCUUAGAUGAUAUGUUAGAGGAAUUGCAUGGUGCUUGUGUGUUUUCAAAAAUCGAUUUGAAAAGUGGGUAUCAUCAAAUAAGAAUGAGAGAGGGUGAUGAAUGGAAAACUGCUUUCAAAACAAAGUAUGGUUUAUAUGAGUGGUUAGUUAUGCCGUUUGGGUUAACUAAUGCCCCUAGUACUUUCAUGCGAUUAAUGAACCAUGUUUUGCGAUCUUUCAUUGGUAAAUUUGUUGUAGUUUACUUUGAUGACAUUCUUAUCUAUAGCAAAAAUCUGGAUGAUCAUGUUGUGCAUUUGAAAUCCGUUUUACAUGCGCUUAGGGAAGAGAAGUUGUAUGCUAAUUUGCAGAAAUGUACAUUUUGCACGGAUAAGCUUGUCUUUCUUGGUUUUGUUGUGAGUGCACAAGGUAUUCAGGUUGAUGAAGAAAAGGUUCGAGCUAUCCAAGAAUGGCCAAGUCCGACGAGUGUAGCGAAUGUUCGAAGUUUUCAUGGCCUUGCUGGUUUCUAUAGGAGGUUCGUGAAGGAUUUUAGCACAAUUGCAGCACCAAUGACCGAGGUGAUAAGGAAGAAUUUGGUGUUCAAGUGGGGGGACGAGCAAGAGAAAGCAUUUCAAUUAAUUAAGGAGAAGUUAACCAAAGCUCCUUUACUCGCUCUACCAAAUUUCGCGAAUACAUUCGAGAUCGAGUGCGAUGCUUCCGGAGUAGGCAUAGGCGCUGUUUUGAUGCAAGAGGGACGGCCGAUUGCAUAUUUUAGUGAGAAGUUGAGUGGGGCAGCCUUAAACUACCCGACUUAUGAUAAGGAGCUGUAUGCCUUGGUUCGAGCUUUAGAGACGUGGCAGCAUUAUCUUUGGCCUAAGGAGUUUGUGAUUCACACGGAUCAUGAAUCGUUGAAGCACUUGAAGGGACAACACAAGCUGAACAAGAGGCAUGCCCGAUGGAUGGAAUUCAUUGAGACAUUUCCUUAUGUCAUCAAAUACAAGCAAGGUAAAGAGAACAUUGUAGCUGAUGCACUGUCUCGAAGAGUACACUAUUUGGCUCAUUACUUUCUCAUCUGA